CAACCUGGUCGUCAUUUCUACCCACUCCUUCUGGUGUCUCUCUGUCUGCACAACAGCCCACAAUGCUGAGGUCACUGGCCUUCCAUCUGAAUCUCCUCCCCGUCUGCCUCGCCUUGGUCCAGCUGCUCACGCCCUGCUCAGCUCAGUUUGCUGUGAUUGGACCCCCUGAGCCCAUCCUGGCCCUGGUGGGUGAAGACACUGAACUGCUCUGUCACCUGUCCCCAAUGAUGAGUGCUGAGACCAUGGACCUGAUGUGGGUGCGAUCCGGCCUCAGGCAGGCGGUGCGUGCAUAUGCAGAUGGCAAGGAAGAAACAGAGAUAGCAGAGUAUCAAGGGAGAACGUCGAUUUUAAGAGAGGACAUCGCUGAGGGGAAGGCUGCUCUGCGGAUUCACAAUGUCAGAGCCUCUGACAGUGGAACCUACCAGUGUUAUUUCCAAGAUGCCGAUUUCCUUGCAAAAGCCCAGGUGGAGCUGCAGGUUGCAGCCCUGGGCUCUGAUCUUCACGUUGAAGUGAAGGGCUAUGAGGAUGGAGGGAUCCGUGUGGAGUGCACAUCUGCAGGCUGGUAUCCGAAGCCCCACAUAGAGUGGAGAGGUGACAGGGGAGAGAGCUUGCCUGCCAUGACAGCACCUGUGGCUACAGAUGGAGAGGGUCUGUAUGCAGCCACGUCAUCUGUGAUCCUGAAAGGCGGCUCUGGAAAGGGGGUCUCCUGUGUCAUCAGAAACCCCCUGCUGAACCAGGAGAAGACAGCCAGGGUCUCCAUUGCAGAUCGCGUCUUCUCCAGAACGAAGCUCUGGCAGGUGGCCAUGGGGGUGACCAUUCCGAUUCUGCUGGGGCUCCUAGUGGGGGCGGCGUUCUCAUGGUGGCGACAGCAGAAGAGAAUCCAGGCCUUGAGGCAGUGGGAGCGAAGCGCCAAAGAGACACUACAGAAAGAGCUCAAGAGAAGGAAGAAGAAGUACCUGGCUGGGGGACUGUCAGAGCCAUGGCCCACUGCUCCAUUGGCUGGCUGUCCAUGAUGACGUCGUCCACAGAACGAAUUCACAGUGACCACAUCACCCGGGGCUGAGAAGGGACUAGAGGCCACACUCCUCACCAGCUUGUGACCUGUGACCAUGCAGCCCAACCAACCCUCCAGCUUCAUCCCUGAAGCUCACGUGUGAGGCAUGAAUUAGGGGGAAGGGAGCCAGGUGAACUGCAGUGGACUUUUUCUCACACUGUAGCCCCAUCUCCAGGAAAGGGACACUCCACGCUGAGCAUGCGUUGAUGUUCCUGGAGGUUCCUUUAACUGUUGGGUCCUGGGGAAGAGCUACUCCAUCACCAUGACUGUGAUUGGUCACCACUGUGUCCCCUCCUCCCGUCAGGUGGUUGUCAGGUUACAUUUGUUAAAUAAAUUGGUUAAUAAUCUUCA